AUGGCCUCCAAAGAGUCUGAUGUUGAGUCAGUGGAACUGGAUGAGGAGCUUAAGAGUCAGCAGCACAGCACCCAGUCCACAGAGAGUGCUUUGUCUCACAGGAUCAUCACCAGGAGCUCUGUGAAAACUGGCCAGGCUGAGUUGUUGAAAAACGACGAGGAAAUUUUGAAGAGCGAUUUUUAUGACAACGAAGAUGAGUACGACGACGAAAACAUAAACUUGAGGGCUUCCAGGAAGAGGAAGCUGUCCAAGGCAUUGAAGAAAAAGGAAAAAAAAACCAGAAUUGACCCUCUGAUGCAAGGCACAAAUGGUGGAUACGCAUGGGAAGCUGAGUUCAAAAAGCCCUGGGACAUCCUUCAAGAAGACGAUAGCUCCUUAGCUGGUGUGGUUUCUAACAUUGUUGAGGACCGGAAAAAGAGAAUAAUCAAAGAUGCCAAAUAUUUUCAAAGGGGGAUUAUACGUACCUUGAUUUUGAUCAUCGAUGGUUCCAAUUCAAUGUCGGAAAAGGAUUUAAGGCCCAACAGAUUUUCCUUGACAAUUCAAUACUCAAUUGAUUUCAUAAAGGAAUUCUUUGAUCAAAAUCCUAUAUCUCAAUUGGGAGUUUUGAUGAUGAGAGAUGGUGUAUCUACUUUGGUCUCUGAAUUGAGUGGCAAUGCCUCAGAUCAUAUAUUAGCAUUGAAAAAUUUGAAAAAAACUGACGGUGAACCAAGAGGUGAUGCUUCAUUGCAAAAUGCAUUGGAAAUGUCCAGAGGGUUUUUAUUACAUAUAACCAAUCACUGCACACGAGAGGUUUUAAUAAUCUUUGGUUCAUUGCUAACCUUGGAUCCUGGUGAUAUAGAUAAAACCAUAUCUUCCUUAGUUAAAGAAAAAAUAAGGGUGAGGAUUAUUGGUUUAUCUGCUCAAGUCGCUAUUUGUGAAAAGAUUUGUAUGAUGACAAAUUAUAAUGAUAAAACCACUUAUAGUAUCAUAUUAAAUGAAAGUCAUUUCAAAGAAUUAUUGAUGAACAGUGUCACACCAUUGCCUAUAAAUGAUGAGAAUUCUGCUUCUUAUUCGUUGAUUAAAAUGGGAUUUCCCAAAAGAAUCUCUGAAAGUUUACCAUCUUUUUGCUCUUGUCAUUCCAGCUUAACAUUUGGUGGAUUUAUUUGUCCCAAUUGCCAUUCAAAGAUUUGUUCAUUACCGAAUAUUUGCCCUUGUUGUAAUUUAAUGUUAAUAUCAUCAAUCCAUUUAGCGAGAUCUUAUCAUCAUCUUUUUCCAUUAAAAAAUUUUGUUGAAGUGCCUUUAAGUUUAAAUUAUAAAACUAGGAGAUGUUUUGGUUGUAAAACAGGAUUUCCAAUGAAUAGAAUCAAUGAUUUAAAUAAAAGUUUAUUAAAAAAAUUUAAAACUUUACGGAGUUCAAGGUAUCAAUGUAAAGAUUGUAAAAAGGAAUUUUGUAUUGAUUGCGAUGUCUUAAUUCAUGAUACAAUGCACAUUUGUCCCGGAUGUGAAUUAUUCAAAAAUUAA